AUGAAGGUCAAGGUCAAGCAGUGGAACGCCGUGGCCUACUGGCUCUGGGACGUGCGGGAUCCGGACGACAUCUGCGGCAUCUGCCAGAGCAACUUUGAUGGCGUCUGCGGAUCCUGCAAGGAGCCCGGCGAUGGCUGCCCACUGCUCUUUGGCAAGUGCUCGCACGAGUUUCACCUGCACUGCAUCAUGAAGUGGCUCCAGGACAACGAGGGCUGUCCCUCGUGCCGCCGACCAUGGGAGGAGGUCGAGGGCUCUACCAUCACGGCCUCGGAAGCGCCUGCGACCCAGACCGCCGCCUAG